AUGACUUCGCGUCGUGAGACCGGGCAUCACAACAUGUCCUCUCCUCCAGAGGGCGCGUUGGUGGACUCCUUCCAGGGGACUCCGGACACACGACUCACCAUGCUCUCCCCAGGAGAGGGCUCGAUCUCAUACCACCACGGGGGUGGUUAUGGAGGUGGCGCAUACAGCGGCGUGGGAUUUGCGUCUUACAACGCAUACGCCCCUCAUGGGAGCAUCACUGGGGACCGUACCGUCUCACACUUCGACAGGGACCCCUUCGUCGAUGCAACUCGUGCUGAUGGUUUGUCUCCUACCGCCUCGGCCUUCCAGCCGGCUUCCACUCGCUCCAAGGGCAAGAAGACCGCUGUACUCUUCCCUGAAGGAAGCCUUGUUCGUGCCAACGUCCUUUCCAACGAAAUGGGCGUCUCUCAUCGCCUGGAGAUCUGCGAUACUCCGGCCCCUACGCCCGAAGAAGUGCACACGUUCUUCAAGCAACUCUCAGAGGGUGGCCGCAAGAGCUAUGGCAGUAGCCAUGUUGAGACUAAUGGCUUUCAUGUCUACGUCUGCUUCGAGGAUAUCCGGGACUCGAUCUCUGCGUUUGACGCCGUCCGCAAGGCAGACAACCACUGGCUGCCAGUUUACGUGAAAGUCAAGCCUGAACGGCUUACGAAGGGUAUCGUCCGAUUUUGUGAGCUUAGGCAGCUUGACAUCACAGCUGACGUCCUCGACUUCGCCAUCAUGGACCCAUCGCACGUUGAUGAGAUUGUCCAGCGAGCCUUGACCACAUUCGGCUCCCUUUUCGCCGUGGUCAGAACCGUCAGCUAUCCUACCGGAGGGUUCCGUGGUGUCGCAGAGUACUGCAAAUCUGCGAAGGCUACCAUUGCUUUCCAGAAUGUACGCUGGAUUCCCCUUGAUGGAGUCAUGAUUUACUUCAGUCGCCCCGAGGACACCUACCAGGGAGCAGAUGGCCUCACUACCAACAUGAACGGCCUUGCCCUGUCUGGCUCUGGUACUAGCGGUGUCAUGCCAAGUCUCGCUCCUCGUGCCCCUGAAGGUAACCCAUGGGCCCCUGUCGCCUACCAGUUCUCUUCUGGUCCCUUUCCCGCUGGACCUGUGUACGGAAAUUUCUACGGAAACCCUACCCCUGCAAUGACAAUGAAUCAUUCUCGAUUCUCCAGCUUUGCCAUGGGACCUCCUACUGGUGGCCACUUUGGCACUUCUACUGGUGGCUACUUUGGCACUUCUACCAGUCGACGCACCCCACGCGUUGGCCGUCCAAUGAACCCUCGAGUCCCCAACAACGUUGUUGAUCUCUACGAGCUCAUGGCUGGACGAGACGUGCGCACUACUAUCAUGCUGCGCAACAUUCCCAACAAGGUCGACCAGCCUCUUCUCAAGCGCAUCGUGGAUUCUUCUUCCUUUGGGAAGUAUGACUUCAUGUACCUGCGAAUUGACUUUGCCAACGACUGCAACGUCGGCUAUGCCUUCAUCAACUUCGUCAAGGCGGAGUACAUCAUCGACUUUGUCCAGGCUCGUGCCAACAAGCGCUGGAACUGCUUCAAGUCGGACAAGGUCGCCGAGGUCAGCUAUGCCAAAGCCAUCCAGGGAAAGGACUGCCUCGUGCAGAAGUUCCGCAACUCCUCUGUCAUGCUGGAGGCUGCGCACUACCGUCCUAAGCUCUUCUAUACCGUCCACUGUGAGGAUCUGACUAUGGUCGGCCAGGAAGAGCCCUUUCCUGGUCCUGAUAACCAGUCCAAAAUGAAGCGCUCAGUCGAGAAUGCGGAGCAUGUUGGGCUGUUCACCCCAACUGCUGGACAGCACUUUCGGGAGGCGCAACGUCACCGCCACAGUCAGUAUGACCGUGGCACUCGACUGGCUGAGUUGGAGGAGGCAACCUUCAAGAAUUUUGGUCGCGAUUACCGCUACUGA